AUGUACGCAUUAGCCUGUCUCCUUGUGUGUUCUGCAAUUUCGGUGGUUUUGGGAAAACCCUCAGCGCAUCCUGGCUUGUCCAUCGUGACAACUAGCAUCGGUGGCGCUAACCCCCACCUCCUACCAAACAACGCCGAUUAUUCCCGCAAAGUGAGCGUGAGUGUUGGGUCAAUUCUAGAUCAACAAGAAGCUGCUGCCAAGUCGAAUAGCCAUCGAGGUCGCAGUUCCUUCGGAACACGCUCUGUUCCAAGCAACGAUGAGCCGGAGGCUCUACGAGUUCCAGGGAAUUACCAUCAGCAAUCCUCUUUCACAUGGUCGGAACCCUACCCGGCGUCUGCCGACGUGAGUCUCUACGGUGAGAAGAUCAACAGCGCCGCGGUCUCGUACCUGCAGCCAGACCUGAGUCAUGGAACACUUGCCAAGCUUCGAGUCAUCCUCGGCGCCGACUACGACGACGCCUGGAUGUCCGUGGAACCCAGACCCCCGGGAAACGAGACCACCGGCUACCCACCGAGUGCCUCCAGCCACAAUCUUCAGCAGCUGGUCAAUGGACUGAAUUUCACCAUCGUCGACGAUGUUCCAGGCGUGGGCAGACAGGCGAUAGCCCUCGACGCCAAAGAGUCCGCCUUCCUCAAGCGAUGGCUCCUUCAGCGCGCCACGUGCCCGGUGCAGUACGUCUGGCGCGACGCCGGGACUCGCUACUGGCCACGGUGGAUUCGACACGCGGUGUGCAGAGAAGGCUCCACUUGUUCCUGGCCACCGGGCAUGCAAUGCAAACCCAGUGGAAGCAAGACUCUUACCGUACUCCGAUGGGUAAGUACAAUCCAUUUUGUCCUGCUCGCCUGUACGACACACGCGGUGUGA